CGGCAGCCAGUUAGUCGUGCUCCGCCAGUAGACGUCAACGGUUCGCCACUGUCCCGCCCGCCGCCCACUUCCCGCCUCUCGUUCGUCGCGAAUCCGAAAGCCGAAAGCCGUAAGCCGAGCUCCGAAAGCGUCCAAACGAUCCCAGCUGUGGCCGAGUUCCCAAGCCAGGACUCAUCGUCAUCUCGGAGCCAAACGCUCAAAAGUCGUGUUAGCCCGGAAUGCCAGGCCCAGUUUGCCGAGGAGCAGUGGGCGCAGCUCUGCAGCAAAGCAGUACAGUGAUAACUGCCGAGCACUAACCGCUCGCGCUGGAGAAACCGAUUUUCUCGAUCGCCAAAGUGCCGAAAAGUAGUUUAAAGCCGUCAAGUGCAGCAAGCCAGUUCGAAAACCCGCUCGGCACCGCAUUAAAUGCGCUAAAUUCCAACCAACUUUUCAACCGACCAGAUCAGAUCAGAUCAGAUCAGAUUAGAACAGAUCAGAACAGGCCGCGAUUCCUGAACGUCAAGACUCUAUCCACCAAACUACUGUACAAUCAACAAGGAGCAAGGAGCACCGACUGCUGGGCAAUCAAGGAUAGAAGGACUCCUCUGUCGGCACCAAACCAACACUACACAGCAACACAAUGGCCUUAAUUAUGAAAUACAUCGACAGCAUAAGCAGAUACAUAGACUCACAUGGUGACUCUAGGACAAAGGACUGGCCCAUGAUGUCGUCACCGUUUCCCACACUGGCAGUGUGCCUCACAUACGUCUAUCUGGUCAAGGUGCUAGGUCCGCGAUUGAUGGAAAACCGAAAGCCGCUCCAUCUGCAGAACACACUAGUCUUGUACAAUGCCAUACAGGUUGUAUUCAGCGCGUGGCUCUUCUACGAGAUAGGCAUUUCCGGUUGGCUAACUGGACAUUAUAGCUUCCGAUGUCAGCCAGUCGACUAUAGUAAUAAUCCUAGAACGUUAAGGAUGGUCCAUGCCUGCUGGUGGUACUACUUCUCGAAGUUCACAGAGUUCAUGGAUACGAUUUUCUUCGUGCUGCGCAAGAAGACCAGCCAGGUCACCACGCUGCAUGUCAUCCACCACGGCUGCAUGCCCAUGUCGGUCUGGUUCGGCGUGAAGUUCACCCCAGGUGGCCAUAGCACAUUCUUCGGACUGCUGAACACCUUCGUCCACAUCGUGAUGUACACCUACUACAUGUUCUCGGCCAUGGGCCCCCAGUACCAGAAGUACCUCUGGUGGAAGAAGUACCUGACCACCCUGCAGAUGGUGCAGUUCAUCCUGAUCAUGGUGCACGCCUUCCAGCUGCUCUUCAUCGACUGCAACUACCCGAAGGCCUUCGUCUGGUGGAUCGGCAUGCACGCCGUCAUGUUCUUCUUCCUGUUCAACGAGUUCUACAAGGCAGCCUACAGGAGCCGCAUGCUGAAAAAGAACGCAGCGUUGGCCAACGGACACGCCAAGCCCAAUGGCUACUGCAAGAGCAUCAACGCCCACGACGACCUGGCCAUGCCGCAGACCACGGAGAUGGAAUCGUCCGCGACGCCCGUCUCGAAGGCCAACGGGAGCACGGCCCCAUUGACCAACGGGCAUGCGAAUGGUGGUGGGGCCAACGGCUACAAGCAGCUGGCCAAUGGCAGUGCGCACAAGGGCGCCAACGGGGGGCUCCUGACGAACGGGUACGCCACCAAGCUCCUGGACGACGCCUCGCAGGAGCUGAAGCAGCGGAAGACGCCGAAAUAAUAUCGGGGCAAGGUGGGGCGCCGCCAGCACAGGGCUUAGAGGACACAGAGAGGGCCGGCUGCGCCAGGAGCUUCCUAAAGGAGCGGAGCUCCCAGAGUCAUUUCCACGGCAUGCACAUCUUCACUUCAACUCACUACCACUACUCGACAUCGCAGACCACCCACACCCACAAACACAGAGAGAAUUCCAGGCAAGACACUCGUGCAUGGGCAUUUGGGGAGUAUCCGUACUAGGGUUACCAUACCAUCCCGAACAUGGAAUAUGCAAAUAGUAUGCUCGCAUACAUAUUGAGGCAUAUGCAAAUGUAUAGGCAUUGCGAAUGCGCCCAUUCUCUAGCGUACUCCUUCAAAUUUGUUUUGUUGCUUCUUUUUCUUUAAACUACUUUAGUUGUACAAAGCUUACUUAUCAUAAGUACCCCUGCGGAUUGUAUAAUACAAAAACCAGCAUACGCAAACCACGAUUUCAACUAAACGAUAACAUUAACGCGGAAGCCCAGCAAAUAUAAAGCAAAACCUAAUGUUUAUAACACUAAGUUUGUGUGUGAGCAAGGAAUUCAACUAUUUAAGCCUAGAAUUUAAUUGAUGUAUGUGUAUGUAUAUACGGGCAUAUACAUAUAUUACUAAAGUAAACAAAUACAGCAGCAGCCGAUGGCAAGUUUUGUAAAUGUAUAGAGCAAAAGCAAAUGUAAUUUAAAAUUAGGCACAAUAACUGUUAAAAAUAAAAGUCAUUCAGAAAUAGUCAAAAACUAUCUACGCUAACCAGAAAACCACAAACGCAACGCGAGUAUUCGACAAUUUUUGUAAAACGUUUCAAAGUAUACAAAGAAGAAAAAAAAUACGAAGACAUUAACAAAUCACAGGCUAUCUUGGCUAGUUACCCAUACAAAGUUUCAUUAAUUUAUUACAAAUAAAUUAUGCCGCUAAACUAAAUCCGAAAUCGCGAGAUGAACUUGCAUCUUUUGAUCUUUAUAACGGUGCAUACCCACAUCAAUAUUAAAUACAAAAGUAAACACAAAUAGGAAUAACCAUAAGAUCGAUUCACUUCAGCAGAGCAUUAAAAUCAGUAAAUUGUUGGAAUCAAAAAACAAAGUAGACUGUAAGUCCCACACUUUAGGUUCUAUAGGUAUGCAAUUGCAAUACGUUUUGUAUGCGUCGUAAUAGCCAUUUUUGUGGAGCAGUAUGUAAACAUUACCUAUGUAAUUAUUAUUAUACAAAUACAAAAACAAAAAACAUGUGUAGAAAAUUAGGUGAAAAUGGAGUGGAGCAUUUUUUCAAUAAAAACACUAAACUGAA